AUGCUGGCCAAAGUAUCUACCCUGGUCGCCGCGUCUCUCGCCCUUUGCAACGCCUUCGACCCCGUCGAUGGACGUCCGAACGUUGACUUCGACUAUGAAAUCGACGAAGACAAGCUCAAAUCACGCUCGGUGAUCAUGAUGAUCCCUGACGGUACGGGGCCCAACAUUUGGGUCCUCGCUCGCAACAUGGUCGACCCAACCCACAAGAAGAUGUUGCACAUCGACCCGCUUUUCCGUGGGUCUGUCCAGACCUUCUCCAACACGUCACUUAUCACGGACUCUGCUUCGUCGGCCACCGCGUACGCGACGGGGUUCAAGACAUACGACGCUGGGAUCGGCGUCGACAUGGAGAAGCGCCCCCUCGGCACUAUCUUGGAAGCUGCGCAAGCCCGCGGCAUGGUGGUGGGGAUGAUCGUGACAUCCCGUGUCACACACGCGACCCCCGCGUCGUUCGCGGCCCACAUCCACAGCCGCAGCCUCGAGAACGACAUUGCCGACCAGUACUGCGCCAACGCCAACUUGGAUUUUUUGCUGGGUGGUGGCAAGCGCCACUUCAGCGACGCGUGCCUGGCCAAGCUCAAGGCAGCCGGCUACACCAUCACGCAUGACAAGGACGAGUUGGCCGCGUACCGCAAGACCAACGAAGCCAACGGUACACUGCGCAUGUUUGGGCUGUACCAGAAGUCGCACAUGUCGUACGAAGUGGAUCGCAUCCGUGGCGAAACCAACGAGCCGAGCUUGAGUGAAAUGACCGAGCACAUCUUCGCCAUUCUCAAGAACAACAAGCGGGCCCAGAAGCACGGGUUCUUCGUCAUGAUCGAAGGCUCCCGCGUCGACCACGCCGGCCACUCGAACGACGCGGGCACCAUGGGCAAGGAAGCCAUCGAGUUCGACAACACCGUGAGCGUGGUCAAGCAGUUCGUGUACUCCAACCCGAACGUGGCCAUGAUCUCGGCGGCCGACCACGGCACCGGCGGGAUCACGCUGGGUCGUGACGGAGUGUACAAGUGGAAGCCCGAGCCGCUGGUCAAGCAGGUCAUGUCCACAGAAGGCAUGAAGGCGUUGUUCAGCAAUGACCGCGCCACGUACACGGAAGCGACGGCGUUGCAAAAGGUCAAGGACCUGAUCAUCCAAAACAGCGCCACCAAGAAAAUCAGCAAGGAAUGGGAUGCCAUCUUCGCGGCCGAAGUCAAGAAGAUUGUCGCCAACGCCAAGUACUCGACCUCCAAAUUGGUCGUGUACAUGGGUCAAUGUAUUUCGCAAACAGCCCAUAUCGCGUGGACCACCGUCGGCCACGUCGGCACGGACGUUAACUUGUACUGCGCCGGUCCGUCCGUGUUCACCCGUCGAUGCAACGGCAACCACGACAACACGCACUUGAACCGCAUCAUGACCAACUACCUCAACUUGGACCUACAACCCAUCACGUUGAAGUUGCGCGGAUACAAGCCCAACGGCAACCAAACGGCCGCCCCCGCCUCAACCCCUAUUGUCUCAUCGAGCACCCCUGCUACUACGUCGACUCCCGAGUCGACCCCUGUGAUCACCUCCACAACCCCUGCGACCACUUCGGCUACCCCUGUGACCACCUCGGCGACCCCUCUGGCCAUCCCUUCGUCAUCGUACCCCACAACGUCCCCUGGUGUGUCGAAGCCUUCCACCACUGUAUGGGCCAAGCCAACGUUGAAGCCUGGUUGCAUCAACGUAUCGGUCGUGGGUGACGCGACGUACUGUGUCAGUGGCCCCAUCUGCGGCGACGAAGGCUCCAACUGCCCCAAGAAAGGUGCCGUGGCAUCUCAAGAUUGCAGCCGACAUCUCGCCAGCUUCAACGGUGACUGGUGUGUUGCCAAGACCGACGCUGUGUGCGAACGCAUUCAUUCGGGCGCCCGUGGUUGUGUCUUCAAGGCCUAA